AUGGAAGCCUACCUGAGCAAACGCGAGGAGCUCAUCAGUGAAGACAGGGCCCUACGGCCAGACGGCUUUGCGUCCAAAAGCCUCACUCCCGAUGAACGCAAGGCGGACGAGAUCCUCAGGACCGUGCGGGCAGCGGAGGCGGAGUCGGUCUGGGGUUUGGACCGCAAGUCCAACCAUCCACAUGGAUCUCAGCAGAUGUUCCCGGGAAUGGAGUUCUUGACUGCCCGGAAGACGAUCAUGGGCACGAAGAUCUUCGACAUCCUCAGCAAGAUGCCCAAGGGUGGACUGCUCCAUGUGCACUUGGACGCAACCGUGCGUGCGGACGUUCUCUUGAAGCUCGCCCUUCAGCAACCCGCUAUGCACGUCCGCAUCUCCGGUGCUCUCGCCCUUAACAGCUUCAAGACGGUGCUCCCUGAGUUCCGCGCCCUCCCCCAGUCCCAGUGGACUCAGAUCGCUGGCAUCACGGACGCGCAACACGUUCCAGGCUCGUGGGUUCCCAUUCAGAACGCGCGCAACAACUUCGACAAGGCCAUGGGCGGCCCGGAGGGUUUCGACCAGUGGGUUAUUGGCUCCCUCAUGAUUGAUCCAUCAGAAGCAUAUCAUACACACAACACUGGGGCCAAGAUCUGGGAAAAGUUCGAGUCGACUUUUGGUGUGUCUGGGGGUCUUAUCCUGAACAUGUCGAUUUUUGCGGAGUACAUUCGAGAGUUCCUUCUGUCGUCAAUCGAAGAUGGAGUGUCGUAUGUUGAGCCACGCAUCUUGUUCUGGGACAAGUUCAUGGUCGGCGAAGACGGCGAACAAAACGUGCCCCACCGGGUAUGGGUUCAGACCUUCGAACGCGUCAUGAACGAAGUUCGUGCAAAAAUGCACGCGCAAGGCCGCGACGAUGAAUUCGUCGGCGCACGCAUCGUCUAUUCCACCGUCCGUGUAUGCGAGUCGAGCGAGCUCGAGUGGUUCUUGGAAGACUGCCUUGCGCUCGCCAAGGAGUUCCCACAUCUCAUCGCCGGCUUCGACCUUGUCGGCCACGAGGACUCGCUGAAGCCCCUCAUCUACUACUACGAGCCCCUCACUAAGUUUGCGGAGAGGCAGAAGGAGGAAGGCGUCAAUAUCCCAUUCAUGUUUCACGCCGGCGAAACAUGCGGUGAUGGCUCCCCAGCUGAUCUCAACCUGUAUGACGCCAUUCUGCUUGGCACUAAGCGCAUCGGUCAUGGAUUCUCCAUCUACAAGCACCCCAAGCUCAUGGAGAUAUGCAAGGAGAAGGGUAUUUGCAUUGAGAUGUGCCCCAUCUCAAACGAGAUAUUGCGGUUCACGGGCUCCAUGCCUAUGCAUCCACUUCCGGCCGUCCUGAACCAUGGUGUACACGUCGCACUCUGCUCCGACGACCCGUCGAUCUUUGGCAACAUGGGCCUCUCGUUUGACUUCUUCCAAGUUUUCGUGUCCAGCGAAGUUAGCGGAAUCGCGACGCUGCGCUCCUUCGUGUGGGACAGUAUCAAGUUCUCGAGCCUUGAUGACGAGGAGAAGAAAGAGGCGUAUGGCAAGUUGGAACGCCGCUGGACGACGUUCAUUCGCUACAUCAUCGACACCUACGGCCGCAGUAUGUGA